CUGGUUAUGCCCAGCUGCGGUCACCCUCGGCGGCAUGGCUUCCUCCGGUCCCCCCUCCAUCCUGGACUCCGCAGAGAAAAACCAGUUGCUGGCCACUGUAUCCAACUACGGCUCCCAGGAUGUGCUCGCAGGCGGUGGCCCGUGUCCCAGUGGUCUGUCGGGCUCCCAGUUCCAGCGGCUGCUGAAGGAGGAGGAGGAGGAGGAGGCGCUGAGGAGGAAGCUCAAGUACUUCUUCAUGAGCCCUUGUGACAAAUAUCACGCAAAGGGACGCAAGCCUUUCAAGCUGGCUCUGCAGCUGCUCAAAAUCAUCAUCGUGACCGUGCAGCUGGUGCUGUUCGGACUGAGCAACCAGAUGGUGGUGACAUUCAAGGAGGAAAACACGGCAGCGUUCAGGCAUCUGUUCCUGAUGGGUUACCGUGACAACGCUCCCCAGGCCGUCCAUACGCAGGCCGAACUGUACAGCCGCAUUUACUUCGCCGUGGAGCAGGUGGACCAACCGUUCUCACAAAACACGCCACCUAAAGAGUCUAUGUGUCAGUAUCUUACCUGUUACUGCAUCGGGCUGAAUCCGCAGACGUACAGUUCUGCUCUGAGAAAUGAUGACUACAAGAACUUAACUCUCCAGUUUCACAAGCUGAUCAACGUCACAGUCGACUUCCAGCUGAAGGCCAUCAACAUUCAGACGGUCAUAAACAAUGAAAUCCCUGACUGCUACACCUUCGCUAUCACUAUCGUCAUGGACAACAAGGCGCAUAGCGGCAAAGUUAAGAUCAGCCUCCAGAACCAGGCCUCCAUAAAAGAGUGUAAAGAUCCCAACGUGUCGGGGCACGCUGAAAGCUACGCUCUGGAGUUCUUCGACGUUUUGGUGAUGAUCGUUUGCCUGCUGUCGUUGCUGCUCUGUGGCCGCUCCAUCCUCAGAGGAAUCCUCCUGCAGGACGAGCUCGUGCAGUUUUUUCAUCACAAACUUGGCCGCAGUGUGUGCUGGGAGGACAGAAUGGAGUUCAUUAAUGGCUGGUACAUCCUGCUCAUCAUCAGCGACUUGUUCACCAUCGUUGGCAGCUUCAUCAAAAUUGGGAUAGAGUCCAAGACGUUAUCAUCAUAUGACGUUUGCGGGAUUCUGUUGGGAACCUCGACUCUGCUGGUGUGGGUGGGAGUCAUCCGCUACUUCAGUUUCUUUCAGAAAUACAAUAUCUUGAUUGUGACUCUGAGAGCUGCGUUUCCUAACGUCAUCCGGUUCUGCUGCUGCGCAGCUGCUAUUUAUUUUGGUUAUUGCUUCUGUGGGUGGAUUGUGCUCGGACCCUAUCAUACUAAGUUUCGCUCCCUGUCCAUGGUGUCGGAGUGCCUGUUUUCUCUCAUCAACGGGGACGACAUGUUCGUAACGUUUGCUGAGAUGGAGCACAGCAGCCCACUGGUGUGGAUCUUCAGCCAGGUCUACCUCUACACCUUCAUCUCCCUCUUCAUCUACAUGGUGCUGUCGCUCUUCAUCGCCCUUAUCACCGGAGCCUACGACACCAUCAUGGCCCAAACACAGGAGCAGGUCCACAUCACAGACCUGCACGCGUUCAUCGCACAGUGCACCGACACGCCCAGUUCUGGCAAGUUCCGUGGCCCCGAAGGCUCGUCGGGCUCUUACCUCUGCUGCUGCAAGUAGUGAGGAAGAGGAGGACAUAAUGGAUUCAUAAAGGGAGUAAGCAGCAUGAGUGUGAAAGAGCAAGAUUCUCUAGGUUUGUUUUUUGUCCUCUAUCUUCAAAGCCCCACAUUUCCGCUCCAGUGACGGCUGAUGGAAAUUGCUCUCCUUUCUACGGUCUCUCAGCAGGGAAGAUAAAGACUUGGAGAAUGAAGCGACUGACCUUGGGCCAUUUUGUCCUCUGGUGACCGCAUUUAAAUUUUGCAUUUGAAUUUGUGCUGGGACGAUAGAUUGCACUGCACUGUCUCAAGCCCAAUUAUCGGCAUGGGCUUUUGUACUGAAUGAAUAAUUUAUUGUCAGAACUUAGACGCACAAUGCCAGUAAACAUUAUCACUCUAAACUGAACGCAAGGUCAACAAAGUAU